GACCCGACCCGCGGGCGGCGACGCACGCGCCGCGCCGCGCCGCUCACGUGGUCCGUCCCCAGCCCCGUCGCCGGCGGAGGCGGGCGCGGGCGCGUCCCUGUGGCCAGUCACCCGGAGGAGUUGGUCGCACAAUUAUGAAAGACUCGGCUUCUGCUGCUAGCGCCGGAGCUGAGUUAGUUCUGAGAAGGUUUCCCUGGGCGUUCCUUGUCCGGCGGCCUCUGCUGCCGCCUCCGGAGACGCUUCCCGAUAGAUGGCUACAGGCCGCGGAGGAGGAGGAGGUGGAGUUGCUGCCCUUCCGGAGUCCGCCCCGUGAGGAGAAUGUCCCAGAAAUCCUGGAUAGAAAGCACUUUGACCAAGAGGGAAUGUGUAUAUAUUAUACCAAGUUCCAAGGACCCUCACAGAUGCCUUCCAGGAUGUCAAAUUUGUCAGCAACUCGUCAGGUGUUUUUGUGGUCGCUUGGUCAAGCAACAUGCUUGUUUUACUGCAAGUCUUGCCAUGAAAUACUCAGAUGUGAAAUUGGGUGACCAUUUUAAUCAGGCAAUAGAAGAAUGGUCUGUGGAAAAGCAUACAGAACAGAGCCCAACGGAUGCUUAUGGAGUCAUAAAUUUUCAAGGGGGUUCUCAUUCCUACAGAGCUAAGUAUGUGAGGCUAUCAUAUGACACCAAACCUGAAGUCAUUCUGCAACUUCUGCUUAAAGAAUGGCAAAUGGAAUUACCCAAACUUGUUAUCUCUGUACAUGGGGGCAUGCAGAAAUUUGAGCUUCACCCACGAAUCAAGCAGUUGCUUGGAAAAGGUCUUAUUAAAGCUGCAGUUACAACCGGAGCCUGGAUUUUAACUGGAGGAGUAAACACAGGUGUGGCAAAACAUGUUGGAGAUGCCCUCAAAGAACAUGCUUCCAGAUCAUCUCGAAAGAUUUGCACUAUCGGAAUAGCUCCAUGGGGAGUGAUUGAAAACAGAAAUGAUCUUGUUGGGAGAGAUGUGGUUGCUCCUUAUCAAACCUUAUUGAACCCCCUGAGCAAAUUGAAUGUUUUGAAUAAUCUGCAUUCCCAUUUCAUAUUGGUGGAUGAUGGCACUGUUGGAAAGUAUGGGGCGGAAGUCAGACUGAGAAGAGAACUUGAAAAAACUAUUAAUCAGCAAAGAAUUCAUGCUAGGAUUGGCCAGGGUGUCCCUGUGGUGGCACUUAUAUUUGAGGGUGGGCCAAAUGUUAUCCUCACAGUUCUUGAAUACCUUCAGGAAAGCCCCCCUGUUCCAGUAGUUGUGUGUGAAGGAACAGGCAGAGCUGCAGAUCUGCUAGCGUAUAUUCAUAAACAAACAGAAGAAGGAGGGAAUCUUCCUGAUGCAGCAGAGCCCGAUAUUAUUUCCACUAUCAAAAAAACAUUUAACUUUGGCCAGAAUGAAGCACUUCAUUUAUUUCAAACACUGAUGGAGUGCAUGAAAAGAAAGGAGCUUAUCACUGUUUUCCAUAUUGGGUCAGAUGAACAUCAAGAUAUAGAUGUAGCAAUACUUACUGCACUGCUAAAAGGUACUAAUGCAUCUGCAUUUGACCAGCUUAUCCUUACAUUGGCAUGGGAUAGAGUUGACAUUGCCAAAAAUCAUGUAUUUGUUUAUGGACAGCAGUGGCUGGUUGGAUCCUUGGAACAAGCUAUGCUUGAUGCUCUUGUAAUGGAUAGAGUUGCAUUUGUAAAACUUCUUAUUGAAAAUGGAGUAAGCAUGCAUAAAUUCCUUACCAUUCCGAGACUGGAAGAACUUUACAACACUAAACAAGGUCCAACUAAUCCAAUGCUGUUUCAUCUUGUUCGAGAUGUCAAACAGGGAAAUCUUCCUCCAGGAUAUAAGAUCACUCUGAUUGAUAUAGGACUUGUUAUUGAAUAUCUCAUGGGAGGAACCUACAGAUGCACCUAUACUAGGAAACGUUUUCGAUUAAUAUAUAAUAGUCUUGGUGGAAAUAAUCGGAGGUCUGGCCGAAAUACCUCCAGCAGCACUCCUCAGUUGCGAAAGAGUCAUGAAUCUUUUGGCAAUAGGGCAGAUAAAAAGGAAAAAAUGAGGCAUAACCAUUUCAUUAAGACAGCACAGCCCUACCGACCAAAGAUUGAUACAGUUAUGGAAGAAGGAAAGAAGAAAAGAACCAAAGAUGAAAUUGUAGACAUUGAUGAUCCAGAAACCAAGCGCUUUCCUUAUCCACUUAAUGAACUUUUAAUUUGGGCUUGCCUUAUGAAGAGGCAGGUCAUGGCCCGUUUUUUAUGGCAACAUGGUGAAGAAUCAAUGGCUAAAGCAUUAGUUGCCUGUAAGAUCUAUCGUUCAAUGGCAUAUGAAGCAAAGCAGAGUGACCUGGUAGAUGAUACUUCAGAAGAACUAAAACAGUAUUCCAAUGAUUUUGGUCAGUUGGCUGUUGAAUUAUUAGAACAGUCCUUCAGACAAGAUGAAACCAUGGCUAUGAAAUUGCUCACUUAUGAACUGAAGAACUGGAGUAAUUCAACCUGCCUUAAGUUAGCAGUUUCUUCAAGACUUAGACCUUUUGUAGCUCACACCUGUACACAAAUGUUGUUAUCUGAUAUGUGGAUGGGAAGGCUGAAUAUGAGGAAAAAUUCCUGGUACAAGGUCAUACUAAGCAUUUUAGUUCCACCUGCCAUAUUACUGUUAGAAUAUAAAACUAAGGCUGAAAUGUCCCAUAUCCCACAAUCUCAAGAUGCUCAUCAGAUGACAAUGGAUGACAGCGAAAACAACUUUCAGAACAUAACAGAAGAGAUCCCCAUGGAAGUGUUUAAAGAAGUACGGAUUUUGGAUAGUAAUGAAGGAAAGAAUGAGAUGGAGAUACAAAUGAAAUCAAAAAAGCUUCCAAUCACGCGAAAGUUUUAUGCCUUUUAUCAUGCACCAAUUGUAAAAUUCUGGUUUAACACGUUGGCAUAUUUAGGAUUUCUGAUGCUUUAUACAUUUGUGGUUCUUGUACAAAUGGAACAGUUACCUUCAGUUCAAGAAUGGAUUGUUAUUGCUUAUAUUUUUACUUAUGCCAUUGAGAAAGUCCGUGAGAUCUUUAUGUCUGAAGCUGGGAAAGUAAACCAGAAGAUUAAAGUAUGGUUUAAUGAUUACUUCAACAUCAGUGAUACAAUUGCCAUAAUUUCUUUCUUCAUUGGAUUUGGACUAAGAUUUGGAGCAAAAUGGAACUUUGCAAAUGCAUAUGAUAAUCAUGUUUUUGUGGCUGGAAGAUUAAUUUACUGUCUUAACAUAAUAUUUUGGUAUGUGCGUUUGCUAGAUUUUCUAGCUGUAAAUCAACAGGCAGGACCUUAUGUAAUGAUGAUUGGAAAAAUGGUGGCCAAUAUGUUCUACAUUGUAGUGAUUAUGGCUCUUGUAUUACUUAGUUUUGGUGUUCCCAGAAAGGCAAUACUUUAUCCUCAUGAAGCACCAUCUUGGACUCUUGCUAAAGAUAUAGUUUUUCACCCAUACUGGAUGAUUUUUGGUGAAGUUUAUGCAUAUGAAAUUGAUGUGUGUGCAAAUGAUUCUGUUAUCCCUCAAAUCUGUGGUCCUGGGACGUGGUUGACUCCAUUUCUUCAAGCAGUCUACCUCUUUGUACAGUAUAUCAUUAUGGUUAAUCUUCUUAUUGCAUUUUUCAACAAUGUGUAUUUACAAGUGAAGGCAAUUUCCAAUAUUGUAUGGAAGUACCAGCGUUAUCAUUUUAUUAUGGCUUAUCAUGAGAAACCAGUUCUGCCUCCUCCACUUAUCAUUCUUAGCCAUAUAGUUUCUCUGUUUUGCUGCAUAUGUAAGAGAAGAAAGAAAGAUAAGACUUCCGAUGGACCAAAACUUUUCUUAACAGAAGAAGAUCAAAAGAAACUUCAUGAUUUUGAAGAGCAGUGUGUUGAGAUGUAUUUCAAUGAAAAAGAUGACAAAUUUCAUUCUGGGAGUGAAGAGAGAAUUCGUGUCACCUUUGAAAGAGUGGAACAGAUGUGCAUUCAGAUUAAAGAAGUUGGAGAUCGUGUCAACUACAUAAAAAGAUCAUUACAAUCAUUAGAUUCUCAAAUUGGCCAUUUGCAAGAUCUUUCAGCCCUGACGGUAGAUACAUUAAAAACACUCACUGCCCAGAAAGCGUCGGAAGCUAGCAAAGUUCAUAAUGAAAUCACACGAGAACUGAGCAUUUCCAAACACUUGGCUCAAAACCUUAUUGAUGAUGGUCCUGUAAGACCUUCUGUAUGGAAAAAGCAUGGUGUUGUAAAUACACUUAGCUCCUCUCUUCCUCAAGGUGAUCUUGAAAGUAAUAAUCCUUUUCAUUGUAAUAUUUUAAUGAAAGAUGACAAAGAUCCCCAGUGUAAUAUAUUUGGUCAAGACUUACCUGCAGUACGCCAGAGAAAAGAAUUUAAUUUUCCAGAGGCUGGUUCCUCUUCUGGUGCCUUAUUCCCAAGUGCUGUUUCCCCUCCAGAACUGCGACAGAGACUACAUGGGGUAGAACUCUUAAAAAUAUUUAAUAAAAAUCAAAAAUUAGGCAGUUCAUCUACUAGCAUACCACAUCUGUCAUCCCCACCAACCAAAUUUUUUGUUAGUACACCAUCUCAGCCAAGUUGCAAAAGCCACUUGGAAACUGGAACCAAAGAUCAAGAAACUGUUUGCUCUAAAGCUACAGAAGGAGAUAAUACAGAAUUUGGAGCAUUUGUAGGACACAGAGAUAGCAUGGAUUUACAGAGGUUUAAAGAAACAUCAAACAAGAUAAAAAUACUAUCCGAGCAGCAGAAUGAUGUAAGAAAUGUGAUUAUGGAGUAUACAGAGAUGCCUAAAUAUGAGAAUAACAAUACUUCUGAAAACACUUUGAAACGAGUGAGUUCUCUUGCUGGAUUUACUGACUGUCACAGAACUUCCAUUCCUGUUCAUUCAAAACAAGCAGAAAAAAUCAGUAGAAGGCCAUCUACCGAAGACACUCAUGAAGUAGAUUCCAAAGCAGCUUUAAUACCGGUUUUUGUGUGUGUGUGUUUUUUUUUACUGAAGGAUUGGUUACAAGAUAGACCGUCAAACAGAGAAAUGCCAUCUGAAGAAGGAACAUUAAAUGGUCUCACUUCUCCAUUUAAGCCAGCUAUGGAUACAAAUUACUAUUAUUCAGCUGUGGAAAGAAAUAACUUGAUGAGGUUAUCACAGAGCAUUCCAUUUACACCUGUGCCUCCAAGAGGGGAGCCUGUCACAGUGUAUCGUUUGGAAGAGAGUUCACCCAACAUACUAAAUAACAGCAUGUCUUCUUGGUCACAACUAGGCCUCUGUGCCAAAAUAGAGUUUUUAAGCAAAGAGGAGAUGGGAGGAGGUUUACGAAGAGCUGUCAAAGUACAGUGUACCUGGUCAGAACAUGAUAUCCUCAAAUCAGGGCAUCUUUAUAUUAUCAAAUCUUUUCUUCCAGAGGUGGUUAAUACAUGGUCAAGUAUUUAUAAAGAAGAUACAGUUCUGCAUCUCUGUCUGAGAGAAAUUCAACAACAGAGAGCAGCACAAAAGCUUACAUUUGCCUUUAAUCAAAUGAAACCCAAAUCCAUACCAUAUUCUCCAAGGUUCCUUGAAGUUUUCCUGCUGUAUUGCCAUUCAGCAGGACAGUGGUUUGCUGUGGAAGAAUGUAUGACUGGAGAAUUUAGAAAAUACAACAAUAAUAAUGGAGAUGAGAUUAUUCCAACCAAUACUCUGGAAGAGAUCAUGCUAGCCUUUAGCCACUGGACUUACGAAUAUACAAGAGGGGAGUUACUGGUACUUGAUUUGCAAGGUGUUGGUGAAAAUUUGACUGACCCAUCUGUGAUAAAAGCAGAAGAAAAGAGAUCCUGUGAUAUGGUUUUUGGCCCAGCAAAUCUAGGAGAAGAUGCAAUUAAAAACUUCAGAGCAAAACAUCACUGUAAUUCUUGCUGUAGAAAGCUUAAACUUCCAGAUCUGAAGAGGAAUGAUUAUACGCCUGAUAAAAUUAUAUUUCCUCAGGAUGAGCCUUCAGAUUUGAAUCUUCAGCCUGGAAAUUCCACCAAAGAAUCAGAAUCAACUAAUUCUGUUCGUCUGAUGUUAUAAUAUUAAUAUUACUGAAUCAUUGGUUUUGCCUGCACCUCACAGAAAUGUUACUGUGUCACUUUUCCCUCAGGAGGAAAUUGUUUGGUAAUAUAGAAAGGUGUAUGCAAGUUGAAUUUGCUGACUCCAGCACAGUUAAAAGGUCAAUAUUCUUUUGACCUGAUUAAUCAGUCAGAAAGUCCCUAUAGGAUAGAGCUGGCAGCUGAGAAAUUUUAAAGGUAAUUGAUAAUUAGUAUUUAUAACUUUUUAAAGGGCUGUUUGUAUAGCAGAGGAUCUCAUUUGACUUUGUUUUGAUGAGGGUGAUGCCCUCUCUUAUGUGGUACAAUACCAUUAACCAAAGGUAGGUGUCCAUGCAGAUUUUAUUGGCAGCUAUUUUAUUGCCAUUCAACUAGGGAAAUGAAGAAAUCACGCAGCCUUUUGGUUAAAUGGCAGUCAAAAUUUUCCUCAGUGUAUUUAGUGUGUUCAGUGAUGAUAUCACUGGUUCCCAACUAGAUGCUUGUUGGCCACGGGAAGGGAAAUGACUUGUUCUAAUUCUAGGUUCACAGAGGUAUAAGAAGCCUGAACUGAAGACCAUUUUCAAGAGGGACGGUAUUUAUGAAUCAGGGUUAGGCUCCAUAUUUAAAGAUAGAGCCAGUUUUUUUUUAAAUAGAACCCAAAUUGUGUAAAAAUGUUAAUUGGGUUUUUUAAACAUUGUUUUAUCAAGUCACUGUUAAGUAGAAGAAAGCCAUGGUAAACUGAUACAUAACCUAAAUUAUAAAAGCAGAAACCUAACUCACUCGUCAAGGGAAGUUACCUUUUGAGGAAAGUUAAAGUACUUUUUUCCCUAUCUGUAUCUAUAGCAACAACCCAGAACUUACAAACUUCUCCAAAGAUUUUAUUGAUAUAUCAAAUCAGAAUGUAAACAUGAACUCUUGCAUAUAUUUAAAAUUGUGUUGGAACAUUUGAACAUGAAUGCUGUUUGUGGUACUUAAGAAAUUAAUUCAGUUGGAUUAUCAUUAUGUGAUACUGGCAGAUUGCAGUGCAACCUUAUGCCAAUAAAAUGUAAUUUAACAGCCCCAGAUAUUGUUGAAUAUUCAACAAUAACAAGAAAAGCUUUUCAUCUAAGUUUUAUGCUUUAAUUUUUUUUCUUUUUUUUUCUUUUUCUUUUGUUUCCUUGGUACUAAUUUUAAUUUUUAUUUGGAAGGGAGCAGUAUAAAGCUUAUUUGUAUUUAGUAGUGUAUCUCAUAGAUACAGACAAGGCAAGAGAUGAUAAGCUGUUUAAAUAGUGUUUAAUAUUGAUUGGGGGUGGGGAGAAAGAAAAAGUGUAUUACUUAAAGAUAUUAUAUACGUUUUGUAUAUCAUUAAAUCUUUAAAAGAAAUGAAAUAAAUUUAUUGUUUACAGA